AUGGAUGUUGACGAAAGGGAAAUUGGACCAGGAAAGGAAAGCAGCCAAGGGCAGUUUCCACUAACACAGAAUGUAACGGUUGUUGAAGGUGGAACUGCAAUUUUGACCUGCAGGGUUGAUCAAAAUGAUAACACCUCCCUCCAGUGGUCAAAUCCAGCUCAACAGACUCUGUACUUUGAUGACAAGAAAGCUUUAAGGGACAACAGGAUUGAGCUGGUUCGAGCUUCCUGGCAUGAAUUGAGUAUCAGCGUCAGUGAUGUGUCUCUCUCCGAUGAAGGGCAGUACACCUGUUCCUUAUUUACAAUGCCUGUCAAAACUUCCAAGGCCUAUCUCACUGUUCUGGGUGUUCCUGAGAAGCCUCAAAUUAGCGGAUUUUCAUCACCAGUUAUGGAGGGAGACUUGAUGCAGCUGACGUGUAAAACAUCUGGUAGUAAGCCUGCAGCUGAUAUAAGAUGGUUCAAAAAUGACAAAGAGAUUAAAGAUGUAAAAUAUUUAAAAGAAGAGGAUGCAAAUCGCAAAACAUUCACUGUCAGCAGCACACUGGAUUUCCGAGUGGACCGGAGCGAUGAUGGCGUGGCUGUGAUCUGCAGAGUAGACCAUGAAUCUCUCAAUGCCACCCCUCAGGUGGCCAUGCAGGUGCUAGAAAUACACUAUACACCAUCAGUUAAGAUUAUACCAUCCACUCCUUUUCCACAAGAAGGACAGCCAUUAAUUUUGACUUGUGAAUCCAAAGGAAAACCACUGCCAGAACCUGUUUUGUGGACAAAGGACGGUGGAGAAUUGCCAGAUCCUGACCGAAUGGUUGUGAGUGGUAGGGAGCUAAACAUUCUUUUCCUGAACAAAACGGAUAAUGGUACAUAUCGAUGUGAAGCCACAAACACCAUUGGCCAAAGCAGCGCAGAGUAUGUUCUCAUUGUACACGAUCCCAAUGCUCUGGCUGGCCAGACUGGCCCUGAUCAUGCUCUUAUAGGAGGAAUAGUGGCUGUAGUUGUAUUUGUCACACUGUGUUCUAUAUUUCUGCUUGGUCGAUAUCUGGCAAGACAUAAAGGAACGUACUUAACAAAUGAAGCUAAAGGGGCUGAGGAUGCACCAGAUGCUGACACAGCCAUUAUCAAUGCUGAAGGCAGCCAAGUCAAUGCUGAAGAGAAAAAGGAGUAUUUCAUUUAA